AUGUCUUCAUUGUCAAGUCGCCGACCACCUGGGUUGCGUAGUAAUAACAUUGAUAUCGAUUUUGAUCGUGCUGAACGACUGCUUAGCAAGGCACGAGAUAGUGAGGUACUACACACCAUGGAGUUAGGAAUGGUGGAUAUCAGCAAUGUUGUAUCCGGAUCAGAUGACAACAGUAUGUCUGGCCUUGAGGGUUGUAGUGAUGAUGAAAACAAAUACAACUUCGUUGAAACUGACGCUGAUAUCAGCGACUACAAACUUGAUGGGCCCGAAGCCUUUGAGGAGGUUUACGUCCGCCCUGACACCCCCAUGCCGAAUGCAAGUAUGCCAACACCUUCACGCAGGGCGACUGUUGAGGACUGCAAUGACAGCAAUGAUGACGACGAGAAUAUGCCGCCUCUCGUUGAAAUCAGCAACGACGAUGAGGAUUUUGUAAAUGCCGACGAUGGAGACUCGCCGUGUGCUAGCCCACGACAAGAACACCAUGAUGACGACUGGGCUGUGCUGAUGCUGAAUUUCCUAGAAACGGACAAAGGACCUAGUGAUCAGGAAGAACCUACAAUACUCACCGAAGAAGAGCUUGAUGAGCUUGACGCAGAAUUCGAUGUGUGGUGCAUGGUAAACCAUGAUGAGUUGAUUGGGAAGGAAGAUGUCCAUGCACAUCAGGCCCCCGAAGACCAGACACCUCAGGAACGGUUAUGGCAUCAACACCAAGACUGGUAUCGAGAAGCGUGUCAUACAAAUGAUCGCUUGGGAGACGGUGUCUUGAAUACGUUCAUGUGCCUCAUGGAGGAUUUGAAGUUUCUGCCCUUUCCUGGCGACCAGCAUUUCCCAAAGGACCACAAGUUUGAACCAAGAUUUGGGAUGGUUUCUGUUGACAAUGACACCUACGCCUUGUAUGACUUCACACAGUGGAGUAAUCUCCAGCCAGAGAUCUCCAAGAAUGCUCUCUUGGCUCCGGGGUUCUCACUGGCGAAAUGGUACAUCGAGACCCUUGCAAAGCUACACAAUGAGGAGUUAGACCAAGCUAAAUACAAGUUCCUUGAUCGCCUACCCGCAAUUGAAGACCCAUGGUUGAAUAAUGCCUUGUCGUAUCUCCAGUACUAUGAGGUGCGCGAAGCUCGGGCACAACGGCGGGAACAUGCAGGUCACUUUGGCCGAUGGCACAUUAGCAAGCGUGCCGCGGAUGGGUGGUAUACAAUAUCAGAUUCCUUGCUGAACUGUAGGACUGGUAUUCGCUAUGAGCUAUUGAUGAACCAUGAUCUCAAUCUUGGACGAUGA